CUGCCAUAUGCGAUAUCGGUGUUCCGGGCGAAGCCAAAGAACAGAAGUUUUGUUGGAUGAGAUCGCAAAACUCUAAAUGCGCGAAAGAAAACAAUGGGAAACCAUGCCUAUGGAAGUCGUCAGCGGGAGACGGUAUCAACGAUAGUCCGUCGUUGGACGCAGUCCAUCGACGCUUCGCAAGCAGACCACAAAAGAAAGACUUCUUCUCUCUUUGUUCCACUGCGCUUGUGGUGGCCCAGGAAUUUGCUCUAAGUUGCUUUUUGCUAGCUCGGCAUCGUGUCGCACUCUAUUUCGAACAAUCCCGAUCAACCCCAGAAAAUGCGUUUACAAUCAGUCAGACCAACUUAGACCAAGCGACCGUUGCCAUGUCUGCGGCCCUCAUGUUGGUGCUGUUUUGCAGUAGUCGCUCUAAUACAAUUCCGCGACAGAAACGAAGAGAGAAAGCUCAACAGCGCUUGUCGGACGCAAUUCUGCUUGGUAUUGUACUCCGUCUCCUUGCCAGCGUUUUGCGAACCUUGACAGCUUCUUACUCCUCCGAUACUGUCGAGGCCUUGGCCACUACAGGUAUGACUUUGCACGUUGUAGCGUGUGACUAUUCGUACGCCAACGGCCGACGUCCCCAUGGAGAGAUAAUUCGUCCUUUGAUAUCGUCGCAACGUCCGGUCUUUCGAGGAGGCACCUUUUCUCUGAAUGCGGCUCUGUUUGCGACAACACUAUUGGUGAGCCGGGUGGAAUCCAAUAGCAUGGCAUACUUUUUAAUAUCACUUGCAAUCGUCAUGUUCGCCUUUUACCCCGACGCAAGGCACGCUAUCGCCAAUAGCUAUCCCCCAUCGAGGAGCGGAUUCCCGUGGCUAAUUACAGCAGCAAUCUCGGGCUCAACUUUGGUGUUACUGAACAACCACGAAAAAAUACUUUUCUUAGUAGGCAUGACAUCGCUAGUUUUUGUGGUACCAUUGUGGAAUUAUAUCUCUCAGUGCAACAAGGUGUGGUUUCGUGGACCCUGGGACAUACCGACGCGUUCUUCAAUGAAGUUGGACAAUAAAUUGUGAGGGUGAUGUCACCAGCUCAUGCUUGUUCGAUUCCUCUUCUAGCCGUCAUCAAGAUAAAGAAUCAAAGACUCUCCUUUCUCUGCGACCUUUCCUCAAGAUGGGAAAGAAGGAAGGGAGCCUUCUCUCCGUUGAUAUUUUCAACAACAGGAUUUGAAGUAAUUUUCACUUAGUGGAGAUUUGCCCCCUUUGCAAGGAGGAUCUGUUUCAUCUUCCAGUCAAGAUGGCACGAAAUUGGGUAGCAUUUCUCGUCUUUUUGCUGUCAAAAAUAUUACAUGUGAUUCACCUUAUCAAUCCGGUGACAGGCCAAAUGGUACAAAUGUCCUCCAAAGCAUACUGGAGUGAACCAUUUUUGUCCCUUGAUUAAGGCCGCCUGUUCUCGCAUGAUGUGUUACAUUGUGCUGGGAAAGGAAGUGGUAUUUUUAAGAACAAUCGUGUUACGGCGAAUGACAAAUCUCAAACAGGGUUCCAAAUGAGCUGGUGUCGCGUUGGCAUGUGAAGACAAUAUGGGUGUCAACAAUCAUCAGUACAAGGAACAAUCGCACAUGAGCUAUCUAAUGAAAGCAGGAAACACAAUUAUCAGCGACGAAGCCGAUUCGCUUCGAUCUGAAUUGAAACUCCUUUGGCGCAACUUUUACGGAGCCGUCGCUAAUGAAGAAUCUGACGCUGUCAAAAGCGGCAAAUGUGGCGCCUUCAGCGCUUGGAUGUGGCCGUUGCCGAGACAGCAGCAGCAACUGGUAAGAGCGAAAAAAGAUGCACCAGCCACUAUGGGAGUGGAAGGAGACACUACUGAAGAUGAAGACGGCAAGGACGAUGAAGAUGACCCACAGAUCACACUCGACGAGUUGCUAGACGGGCUGGUUUGCACCAAGGCCCGGAAAUUGACAUGGUUGAUCCGCAAGUCCUCGAUCCACUUGUAAAGGGCGAAAAAGCAGCAAAAGACGGCAUUCGAGCUAGGAACAUUUGUUACAAGGAUGCGGCUGUUCCAGUCUCGAGUGGAUGGGGGAAUCAAUUCCCAGGCGGGUUUGUGCAAUAAAGUCGGCAAAAACCUUUCAAUAUUGAUGUCGUGUCCCCAACUUUCACAGUGAGGAGUAUGCAG